AUGAAUAUGUUGGAUGAUGAAGAUGACCAAAGCUUUCACGCUACGCGUGACGGCUACUCCCAUUUGAUCGAUGUCGAAUGGGAUGCGGUUGAACGAAUGGGUUCGACCAUGGGCAUCCAUGCUGUUAGCGUCAUGCUAGAGGCUCUCAAUAGAGAUGCCCAACAUGCUACUAUCGCCAAGUUCAUUCAAAAUGAACUUGACGCUGAACGCGAGAAAGUAGCCUUGCUUCACCAACAAGAUUCUCAACAAGCAGAGUUGUUGAGAGAACAGGGUGCUCAACAGUUUGAACUGUUAAGACAGCAGCAGGCUGCUGCUGGCGGGUCGAUGCACUCGCGUCGACCCGAGACUUUGAAGAUUGACAUCUCAAAGUACAGGGGGGUCGAAGAAGACUCCCUCUUGAGAUGGUUCGUCGAAUUGGAUGACGCCAUAAGGGCGCGUCGCAUCGACGACGGGGAUAUGCAAGUUGCAUUUGCCCAUUCAAAUCUGGCAGGACGUGCCAAGACUUGGGCACUGGGGCUCAAGUUGCACGACUUAUAUGCGUUUGGGUAA